AUAAAACGUUGAUUGGUAGUUGAAUAUUAAAUUGCGUUCAGGUUUAACAUUAUUUCCUUGAGAUAAACAAACGAUGAAUUGGAUAUGGAUUUUCAUGUAUUUUAUAACCAUUGUAUAUGGAUACAAUAUUUAUUAUUAUUAUGAAGGCAAAGAUAAGGGUUACCGUGGAAGGCCAUGGCCUGUCAAUGAUACAUGUUCUUCGAGAAGAAGGAGGGAAUGUAGGAAUUGGUGCUUGACACCAUACUACGCUUGCGAGGAAAUGAGGUGUUACUGCAUUUACACGUGGUAUCGUUAUGUUUAUAAGGAUAAAAGAGGCCCACGAACCGAGAACAACGCACUGCGUCACCACAUUGCCCAUUUCUGCCCGAACGUAGACGAGGCUAAGCAGUGUAUCUUCAAAUGCAUGAAGACCGGCCAGCCGGCGUUCUGUGGCAGGGACAAUGUGUGCUACUGCGGCCAUCGCUACACCCCGAUGGACGACAACAGCAAAAACAACACGAAGGCGACGUACAGUCAGUAUAAAGAGCUGUACCAGAAGUACUUCGGACCCAACUAUGCCGAUGAUUAUGAAGUUAUACAAAUUUAAAGAGUCGACGUCACAAUUACACAAAUAAAAUUAUUUG